AUGGUUUGGGUGGAAAUUGAUGGGCUUCCUUUAUCAUUGUGGACUUUUCAGGAUUUUAAAAAGGUGGUUGCAUUGUGUGGAGCGGUUCUUUUCUAUGAUGAGGAAGAAGAGGAUGGUAUAGGGACUGGAAGGGUUUGUAUUAAGUCAUCAUGCUUUGAUCUGAUCAAAGACCAAGUGAUUGUUAAAGUUGAAGGUGUUGAUUACGUGGUUCAUGUUCGUGAGCUCUCAGCAUGGACACCCAAUGUAAAUAAGGAGAAUGAAGAAAAAGAUGGGGAAGAAAUCAAUGCAAGUAGUGAUGAGAAGGAAUCAAAAGGUGAUAAUGGUGAUAAAAUUUUUCAUUUGGAAGAGGAAGUUGAUAGUCCGGUUAACAUCCAUAAUGAUAAUUUUCAACAAGACGAAAGUGUGCCAAAGGAUCACUCAAGUGUUGAAUUGGGUGAUCAUGAUCAACGUAAUGCUUCUAAUUUACAACCGGGUGUAGUUUUACAUAAAGAGAAUGCGCUGCAACAUAGUUUUGAGUCUGUUGUUGUUUCCAAGAAUUUAGACAUGAAUCAUGAAGGUACUCAUCAUCACACUACUAAGCAUUUUGCUGAUUCGUCUUCAGCCAGGUCGGCUCCCCAUGGUUUUGGUGGUAUGCAAUUUCACUCCCCUAUCAGGUCCAGACUCUAUUCUUGA